AGAUGCAAUCUGUUUCUCUUUCCAAUCAACUCUACUUGGUAAAGAUCUUCCAUUUCUGAGCUUUCCUCUCCCAUUGGCUAUGAAGGAAAGGGAAUGUCACAACUCCCUUAGCUCUGCCUCCCAAAAGCUGCAAACUUGGCCAGCAACAGAUACAUGAGCAUGACUUACACUCGCUCAGAGGGGCGAGGGCAUUUUUGCCUGCCACAAAAUUGAAAUCCCCUCCCUUUCUGUGUCUCCCUUUGCAGUCGGAGUUGCAUUCCCAACUUUGCCAAAAUAGACAUUUGUUCUCCUUGAAGGAAGCAGCCUGGAGAGCCUGUGCAUCGGGGAUCAAUGUUGGACUCAAUGUGGACUGAAACUCACUAGCUUUAGAACCUAUGCAAGGACAACAAAGCCUUAGCAUUUGGAUUGUACAAAGCAAAACUAUGCUAUGCCUGUGAGUUCACCGCAACUCACAUUUCUUCAUUGGACACCAUUAUGGAUUCCAGCAAUGACUCCAUGAUCCUCACCAGGGAAGAGACACUACAUGACCUUUUCUCAUCCCCAACCAAUGCCUCCAACUUGUCCUCUCCUUGUCCGGUCCUCCGCUCCAACUACCAGUUUGUGGUCAUCCCAACGCUUUACUGCUUCAUCUUCAUCCUAGGACUGGUGGGCAAUAGUAUCGUUGUUGCAGUGUUGUGUUGGCAACGGAAGCCAAAGACGGUAGCCAAUGUCUACAUUGUCAACUUGGCGGUGGCCGACCUCCUUGCCUUGGUUACUGUCCCCUUCUGGGCCGCUUACUACGCCUACGGGUACAACUGGCGCUUCGGCUCAGCAAUGUGCAAGAUCUCUGGCUCGCUCCUCUCUCUUACAAUGUUUGCCAGCAUCUUCUUCAUCACUUGCAUGAGUGGCAACCGCUACAAGGCCAUCAUCCACCCUUUCCGGUCCCAACAAGGAACUCCCAAGAAGGCAUCGGUUGUGGCCUUCAUAGUGUGGGGAUUAGCCGCUUUGGCUUCCUUGCCCACUUUCUACUUCAGGAACACCAAGUACAUCCCAGAGUGGGACGUGACCGCUUGCAUCAUGGCCUAUCCAUUGGAGAAGUAUUCCGAAUGGUCAGCCGGGACAGCAUUGGUGAAGAACACAUUAGGGUUCAUCAUCCCGCUCUCUGUCAUCAUCGUGUGCUAUGUUUCCAUCCGGAUCCAUUUGAUGAAGGCCCGGGGGUUCAGGAAGACCAAGCAGAUGAGGGACCACGUCUUGAAGCUAGUAGCUGCGGUGGUGGCGGCCUUCUUGAUCUGCUGGCUCCCCUUCCACAUCUUGACCUUUCUGGAUGCCUUGUUUUGGAUGGAGGUGAUCAGCGACUGCCGGGUCACCUCCGCCAUUGACGCUGCCUUGCCUUUCGGCCUCUUGAUGGGCUUCACCAACAGCUGCAUCAACCCUUUGUUGUACUACUUCAUUGGAAGGCAGUUCCAGGACAGGCUCCAACAUCUGCUGAAGCUGAGCCUCUACCAGUUUAAUAGCAAUCGGGAUAUCUUUCGUGCCGGCAAAAUCGACUCGGUCAAAACGGUUGAGUCUUUGGUGGAUGCUGAACAUGGAGGAGGUGCCGAAAGGCCACAAACUGACCCAUUAUGCGUUUCCUAAACAAUAUAUGGAAAUAUUUCAGAUAUUCUGACACUUCUAUGGAUGUUCUGGUCCCUCUUUUAUGAGUGAAUGUACACUGUAGAAUGAAUGUAGGUUAAUACCACUUUAACUGCCGUGGUUUAAUGCUAUGGAAGCCUCAGAGUUGUAAUGACUCAACACUAUGGAAAUAUGGGAUUUGCAGAUUUACAAAGUAUCUGGCCUUCUCUGACUGACAGACAGCACUAAAUCACGGGUUUUAGUGAGGGGCAAAAAAUCCCAGGACUUCAGGAGAGGUCAUAGAAUCAUAGAAUCAAAGAGUUGGAAGAGACCUCAUGGGCCAUCCAGUCCAACCCCCUGCCAAGAAGCAGGAAUAUUGCAUUCAAAGCACCCCUGACAGAUUGCCAU